UAGUAUCCAUAACUUGAAAACACUUCAAAUAAAAUAAAAUAACAAAAACAAACAGAUGCUGUUACUGCCUUUCCAAAAAUAAGAUACAACUUCCCUUCUUCUCGAAUCUCAAAAAUCCCACCACCAACUCAUCACCAUGCCCGCUCUCACCGCCGCCGCCACUUUCUUUUCCCUCUCUUCAAAUCAUCAAAAUCCUAAUAAGCCCCAGUGCUCUUCACUUCCUAACCUACCCUUCAAUUUCAAAACCCUAAACCCUAACACCAUCAUCACCACCACCACAUUCAAAACCCUAACUCCACUCAAAUCCUCGACCUCCUCUGAUGUUGACCCUACCUCCUCAUCCACCACUCCCAUUUCGGCCGCCUCCUCUUUCUCUCUCAAAUCUCGUCUCCGUAACGGCGAAACUCUGUACGGCAUAUUCCUCCUCAGCUUCUCCCCAACUCUAGCCGAAAUCUCCGGCCUCGCCGGCUACGAUUUCGCGGUUGUGGACAUGGAACACGGUCCCGGCGGCAUCACCGAAGCUCUUAACUGUCUCCGCGCGCUCGCCUCCACUCAAACGCCGGCGAUCAUUAGACUGCCGGAAACCUGCCCUACGUGGGCGAAAAAAGCGCUAGAUCUCGGUCCGCAGGGGAUAAUGUUUCCGAUGGUUGAGAGUCCCAAAAUGGCUAAAAAGGCGGUGUCGUAUUGCCGGUUUCCACCGGAGGGAAUACGCGGAUCGGCGCAUACGGUGGUGAGAGCGUCGAGUUAUGGGAUAGAUGAAGGGUAUUUAAGUAAUUACGGAGACGAGUUGUUGAUAAUGUGCCAAGUAGAGAGCGAAGAAGGCGUUAAAAAAGCAGAUGAAAUUGCAGCCGUCGAUGGGGUGGACUGUAUACAAAUGGGACCGUUAGAUUUAAGUGCUAGUAUGGGGUAUUUGUGGGACCCAGGGCAUAAGAAAGUUAGAGAGAUGAUGAGAGCUGCUGAGAAGGCUGUUUUAGGAUCUAAGAAAGGUGGCGGUGGGGCCUACUUGGCUGGGUUCUCUAUGCCACAUGAUGGACCCAUUGAUUUGAAAUCAAGAGGAUAUAAUAUGGUAGCAGGAACCGUCGAUGUUGGGCUGUUUAGAAGUGCUGCCGUUGAUGAUGUUAAGAAGUUUAAGAUGAGUUUAGUUCAAGGGUCUGACGAUGAGGAGGAGCAUGAUAAGGAUGCUGAUGAGAAGUACUGGAGCGAGUAAAUGAAUUCUUUUCUUCUUUCCUUUUUUUUUUUUUUUCAUUUUCGGGUUAAAUGAGUAAAAUAAUGGUGUGAGCUUUGUUUGUUUGGACUCUUAAUGCAGAAAUGAGAAAACUUUGUUUUA